UCGAUCUGCUGCACGUUUGAUUUAAUUUUUUACCUUUUACACCGGGCUGACUUGAGUCAAUUAAAACUGCGAUCGCGAGUGCAUGCGUGCAAUUGCAUUGCUUGCCGUGUGUGUAAGUGUUAGUUUUAAUUUUCUUCAUUCUCGUGUAAGUGCAAUAAUGUGAAUUCGAUAGGUGAAGAGGGUAAAAAAAAUUUUACAUCAUGGACCUGGACGAGCUGGUAAACAACGUUUUUUAUCUACUGCUCCAGAAUGACUAUAAAAAAAAGUACGACCAUGCGGUAUCGAAAUGCUGGACGAUAUGCGUACCAUCCGGGCAUUCCUUGCGCGAAGUUUCCAUUACGAAAGAAUUCAUUGAUGACCACGUUUUGAAACCAAUAGGCCGUGGCGAUUCGAAAAUACGUUCCCGCUUUGUUUCCACCGACGCAGCUGAAUCGCACGUUUACGAAAUCGAAAAUAAUACGAUUAAGCUGAUCAACAAUGACGACGGUGAUGAUAACAAUAACGACGAGUACAGGGUUAACAUCUUGUCAACGGAGAAGGGCUACAACAAGGAAUUCCAACUCUACAAUAUUAUCAUAGUCGAUGAACCGAUUCAUCGAAAGUACAGGAUAGCCCAGAUAUGCCAAUCGCACAAGUUUAAUCUCAAUAGAAACAUCACCUCAUACAAGGAAGCCCUAGAAUUUCUGAAGGAGCUACCGGAGGACAAGACAUGCUCGCUCGACGAUUUGGUGACUGAAGUAGAGAUGAUCGAGAUAAAUCGCAGCAGUUCCGUGGAUAAAUUAAAACAGAGGCUGCACAAGCUGUAUCUGGAUUACUGGGCAAGCACAAUACGCAAACAGAGCCUGGACGUCCAGAGGGACGCGAGAUUUCAGAAGCUGUUGAGCUUCUCCCUCGAGAUAUUCGUAAUGCACCUACUGCACGAGAGCUUGUACUCGUUGCUGAGCUUUACAUUCAAGGAGAAGGAUUUAGCGCUGAAGAAUAAAAUUUGCCAAUUGAUCAAAGUUGGCGUCACGACGGAUCAGCUUGGAGUUAAGAAGUCCCUGGCUAUUCCUUUGCCUGCUGCCAUAGUGGAACUAGCUGCUUUUGCGAGCUACAGAGGGCCACUGGAAAAGUUGCUGUGCCUAAAAAGUACGAUUGACUUUAUAGUUGCCGAGAUAAAAGGUGCCCUAGCCGAUGUAGAAUCGAAAACUGACCUAUACAACGACGAGGACAAAGCCAGCCCCAGCAGCUUGGACACGGAAGAUCUCAUCCUCUUGCUACUCUUCGUCAUAAUCAAGUGUCGCUGCGAGCGACUCUACACCGAUCUCUACUAUUUGGAAAAUUUCAUUUGGUGCGUGUCACCACAUGAUGAAUACUCGUACACUAUAGUGACUUUCAAAGCGGCUCUUACGCUGCUCAAUGACAUAAAUCCAAGUGAUUUGUCUGUAUGCAGUGAUAAAGUGAAAAGCGAGUUGAAAACAACCGAUUUCUCGGACACAGUGAAAAUGAAUGAGGUCAAGACGCCGGUUGACAGACAGUUACAAGAUUUGGCCACGACGUUUGAGGAGUGUGCACAAACAUAACAUGCCC